CGAUAAUUUAUAGGAUGGCCAGCGUUAGUGCGGCACCGGACAAUGUGGUGCGCUACGACGUCCCAAAUGGGGACUUCUGUGCAUACCUGAAGGGAUUUUGGAAGCGCAACCUGGAGUGGCGCCGCUUCGGUGCCAGUUUCAAGCAUUUGCGCUCCACCAACAACAUUGUAUUCAUCGAGGAGGACCUGGACGCCGCCGGCCAGCCUAACACUCAAUUCCUCCGCUGGUCUUUCGGUCGCACGCUUAAGCAGCAGGAUCUCUCCAGUGCCUACACAGUGCAGUUUAUUCCGGAUGAGCAAGGAACAUUUAUGGAGUGGAGCUUCGAGGGCGUGACGUGCCAUGGUGUGUUCAAGCUUGAGGCCAACGUGGCCAUUCUCAACUUUUGUCUACAGGAGUCCAUGGUUACCAUCACAUAUCGCGUACUCGACGCCAACACGAUGGCCGUGUGUAUCGUGGACGUGGACAGCGAGCACACACCGACGAUCCAAUACGGCAACAUGUAUCGCAUCAACCCGUCCAAGUACGAGCGCGAACCCGAGGAUUGAGGAUCCCUAGUUCGUACUUAAUUGAAUUGAUGAUAAAACUA